AUGCACGGCGGAAAGAGAGGCCUGGUGGCACCGCAGAACACCUUCCUGGAGAACAUCGUGCGGCGCUCGAGCGAGACCAGUUUCCUUUUGGGUAAUGCCCAGAUUGUGGAAUGGCCUAUAGUGUACAGUAAUGACGGAUUCUGCAAGCUGUCUGGCUACCACAGGGCUGAGGUCAUGCAGAAGAGCAGCACGUGCAGUUUCAUGUACGGUGAACUGACAGACAAGAAGACAAUAGACAAAGUCAGACAGACCUUUGAUAACUAUGAGUCCAAUUGCUUUGAAGUGCUGCUCUAUAAGAAGAACAGGACCCCAGUGUGGCUGUACAUGCAGGUGGCCCCAAUCAGGAAUGAGAACGAUAAAGUGGUUCUGUUCCUCUGUACCUUCAAGGAUAUAACCGUCUUCAAACAACCCAUCGAAGACGAGACCACGAAAGGAUGGACCAAGUUUGCAAGGCUGACCAGGGCGCUGACCAACAGCCGUGGCACACUGCAGCAACUGGCGCCUAUGAACAAGACUGAAGUCAGCCACAAGCAUUCACGACUGGCUGAGGCUCUCCAGCUCGGUUCAGACAUCCUCCCACAGUACAAGCAAGAGGCUCCUAAAACCCCUCCUCACAUCAUCUUACACUACUGCACCUUUAAGACCACCUGGGACUGGAUCAUCCUUAUACUCACAUUCUACACUGCCAUUAUGGUGCCCUACAAUGUCUCCUUCAAGACCAAGCAGAACAACUUGGCCUGGCUGGUGGUGGACAGUGUGGUGGAUGUCAUCUUCCUGGUGGAUAUUGUCCUGAACUUUCACACCACGUUCGUGGGCCCUGGAGGAGAGGUCAUAUCAGACCCCAAAUUGAUACGUAUGAACUAUCUGAAGACAUGGUUCGUUAUAGACCUGCUCUCAUGCCUGCCCUAUGACAUCAUCAAUGCCUUUGAGAACGUGGAUGAGGGUCUCAGCAGCCUUUUCAGCUCACUGAAGGUGGUGCGUCUGCUGCGUUUGGGGCGUGUGGCUCGAAAGCUGGACCACUAUUUGGAGUACGGAGCUGCUGUCCUGGUCCUUCUUGUCUGUGUCUUUGGCUUGGUAGCUCAUUGGCUAGCCUGUAUCUGGUACAGCAUUGGUGAUUAUGAAGUCAUCGACGAAGUCACCAACACCAUCAAGACUGAUAGCUGGCUUUAUCAGUUAGCCAUCAGCAUUGGCACACCCUACCGGUAUAAUGCCAGCGGAUCAGGCCAGUGGGAGGGAGGCCCCAGUAAGGACACUCUCUACAUAUCUUCACUCUACUUCACCAUGACCAGCCUAACUACCAUAGGCUUUGGUAACAUCGCUCCAACCACGGAUGGGGAGAAGAUCUUCUCUGUGGCCAUGAUGAUGGUGGGCUCUCUCCUGUACGCCACCAUCUUUGGAAACGUGACUACCAUCUUCCAGCAGAUGUACACCAACACCAAUCGCUACCACGAGAUGCUGAACAAUGUGCGUGACUUUCUGAAGCUCUAUCAGGUGCCCAAAGGCCUGAGCGAAAGAGUCAUGGACUACAUUGUCUCCACGUGGGCCAUGUCCAAAGGCAUAGACACAGAGAAGGUGCUGUCCAUCUGUCCCAAAGACAUGCGGGCAGACAUCUGCGUGCACCUGAACCGGCAGGUGUUUAACGAGCACCCGGCCUUCCGGCUGGCCAGCGACGGCUGCUUGCGUUCUCUAGCGGUGGAGUUCCAGACCACGCACUGCGCCCCUGGGGACCUCAUCUUCCAUGCCGGAGAAAGCGUAGACACACUCUGCUUUGUGGUGUCUGGAUCACUGGAGGUCAUUCAGGAUGACGAGGUCAUCGCCAUUUUAGGUAAGGGUGAUGUGUUUGGCGACCUGUUCUGGAAGGAGACUACGCUCGCUCAUGCAUGUGCUAAUGUGAGGGCAUUGACCUACUGCGAUCUUCAUGUGAUCAGGAGAGAGGCUCUGCUCAAGGUGCUGGAGUUCUACACAGCCUUCGCUAACUCCUUCUCGCGGAACCUCAUCCUCACCUGCAACCUCCGAAAGAGGAUCGUCUUUCGCAAAAUCGCUGAUGUGAAGAAGGAGGAGGAGGAAAGGAGACAUCAGAAGAACGAGGUGACGCUCUCCAUUCCUGUGGACCACCCAGUCCGCAAACUGUUCCAGAAGUUCAAGCAGCAGAAGGAGAUGAGGGCGCAAGGGUCCUUGCAGUCAGAUCUGGAGAGGAACCAGUUCCAAGUGGAGCACCAGCUCCUGCAAAAUGGGGCCCCUGGUUCAGGCGGAGGUGGUGGGAACGGUGGCCCCAGUGUUGUGACUGUCUCACAGAUAACUCCAGUCCAGAGCUCCCUGGCCUACAUUCAAAGAGAGGACUCUGGCCGGAGGGAUGGCCACGAGGCCUUGGAACUGAAACCCAGCUUGGGCAUAGGUGACCAGAACUGCUUAAAGGUCACCAGUCCAGUCCGCCCCAGGGCAGGCGGGGGUGGACGGGGCUGGAUGCGUCUCAGGAACACAGGGACUGGAGCUUCCCUCGCUCCUCCGUCUGAUCCAGAGCGGCAGCAGAGGGAGGAGGAGUGGGGAGAUGUUUCCCAGUCCCAGGAACUGCUCUCUGAGGAUGGCAAGAACCAGGAGGCUGAAGGGAGAGAUGAGAAGAGCGCCCUACACAAGACUGAUUCUUGUGACAGUGGCAUCACCAAAAGUGACCUGCGCAUUGACAGGGCAGGUGACUCUCGCAGCCCCAUGGAACGUAGUCCAAUGGAGCGAAGUCUUCCAUUCCAACCUGUUCCUGAGCAGGCCCUCCUGCAGAACAGCCUGCAGGAGGCCAAGAUGGAGCUGAAGGGGGACAUCCAGACGCUGAGCAGUCGUCUGUCUGUAUUAGAAGCUCAAGUGGGCGAGAUCUUGAGACUGCUUUCCGAGAAGAGACCCAGCCCACACCUGCAGACUUCAACCCCCAAAACCAAACUCAAAUGCCAGGACAUCUUCACCGUCUCGAGGCCUGUUACCCCAGAUGCAGAGAAAGAUGAUGGACCCUUUUGAAUCAAGAGAGUACAUUUAUUUAUAGGAUAUAAGUUGGUGGGUUUAUUUAUUUCAACUCUCCUUCUCACUUGACGAUGGAUGAGGAAACUGUUGAAGGAGGCAAGAAUAGUUUCUAUUGUAAAUAGAUGCAUGUCCAGCUGGAAUCUGGCCUGCCAAUGAAGUCUACUCUAAGAAUAGUGGUUGCUUGUAUAUUUAUGCAGUCGACUGCAUGCAAAAUGAUUUAAAGAGACACAGUUUUUUAUACUGGCCCCAGGCGCUGGACUAUCUCUUUACUGACUGAUAUUUCAGGGCAUUUAUCUUUAAGAGCAGAUGCACUGUGCCCUGCACACAGGUGCUCUGUAGCUGUAAUAAAGCUUGGUUUGGUACUUCGGUGGCACUGCUUGAACAAAGCAUCUCUGCAGACUGAAAUAGCUAAGGGUGGCUCUAGUCUCUCCACACCCUCUUUCCACCACAUAUCCUGAUCUCUUUAUUAUUUAAGUGUUUACAACACACUACAAAUCACAUGCAUGCAGACCAGAGAUGGAGAUUUCAAAGAAAUUCUAUUGUUUUUCCUCUAAUACAUGUGAGGAGCAACCUAUAUGUAGCUUCAACUCUUUUA